ACCUUGAGUGAUAGAGUCUAUGUUUUUCCCUGUAAAAUUUCCACAUGGCUAACAGUGGAAUUGAUUUUAAUGUCUUCGAUGAGGUUAUUAAGAGGGUACUCGGCGGUUGGACAGGAUAUCAGUUAGCAAUUCAACAUAGUUCAGGAGGUGCUCAUACGAAGGAAAAGUCUGAAUGGUUUAUUUGGGCAAUUUCAGAUUUCUUUAAACAAAAUGCUAAUUUGUUUCCCGACGAAGUAGAAGAUUUUAUAACUGAUAUUCUUAAUACCGAAUUUAACACUAUACUAGAAGAUGGAAGUAUACAACAGAUUAGUAGCAAAUUAUGUGAAUUUUUCAAAAUGGUCAAAGAGGGAGAUUACGAAAAUCUGAAGACAAGAGUUAAUGUUAUACCUGGAUCUGCAGUAGGAAAUUCUCAGUCAUUGCCUAAUGACGAUGAUUCAGACGAUAGCGAAGAAGGCGAACCUAAUCUAGUGCCAGCCACAUCAAACCCACCUAAGAAUGAAAGUAGACCAGAGCCUAUGGACGAUGAUGGUUGGACUGUUGUGAAUAGGAAAAAACACUGA